AUGCGAGACCACGAGCUGUUCCAGUACUUUCGGAUGCCAGAGAUGGUUGACUUCCGGCAGUACGUGUGCACCCUUCCAACCAACACACUCAUGGGCUUCGGUGCGUUCGUGGCGCUCACCACCUUGUGGUACGCCACGCAGACGCAGGCCCUGAAGCCACCAUGCGACCUGGCCAUGCAGUCAGUGGAGGUGGCGGGCAGUGACGGUGCCCGGAGAUCCGUGCUCCUGGACAGCGACAAGCCCUUGGUGUAUUUCUGCAAUGACAUCAGAAUGUUACAUGAAGGUUUCCAGAGGGGCAUCCAGAUGUCCAAUAACGGCCCUUGUUUAGGCUCUCGGAAACCAGACCAAUCCUAUGAAUGGCUUUCAUACAAACAGGUUGCAGAAAUGUCAGAGUGUGUGGGCUCGGCGCUGCUCCACAAGGGCUUCAGGGUAGCCGCAGAUCAGUUCAUCAGCCUCUCUUCUCAGAACAGACCUGAGUGGGUGAUCGUUGAACAGGGAUGCUUUACUUAUUCGAUGGUGAUCGUUCCCCUCUACGAUACCUUCGGAACUGAAGCAAUCACCUUCAUCACCAACAAAGCUGAACUCUUUCUGGUUUUUGUGGGCAAGCCAGAGAAGGCCAACCUCUUAUUAGAAGCUGUAGAAAAUAAAUUAACAGCAUGUCUUAAAACUAUUGUUCUCAUGGAGUCCUACGGCAGUGAUGGGUCGGAACAAGGCAAGAAGUGCGGGGUGGAGAUCAUCAGCGUGAAGGCGAUGGAGGGCCUGGGAAGAGCCCACAGACGGAAGCCCAAGCCCCCAGCACCUGAAGAUGUUGCAAUAAUCUGCUUCACAAGUGGAACUACAGGCAACGCCAAAGGAGCACUGAUCACCCGUCGAAAUGCAGCCAGCGAUUGUUCAGCGUUUGUGAAAAUGACAGAGUACAUUCAUUCCUUCCUCGAUGAUACUUUGAUCUCUUUCUUGCUUCUCACCCACGUGUUUGAAAAAGUUGCAGAGUGUGUGACGCUGUGUCACGGAGCUAAAAUAGGAUUCUUCCGAGGAGAUAUCAGGUUGCUUAUGAAUGAUCUCAAGGCAUUUCAACCCACCAUCUUCCCUGUGGUCCCCAGACUACUGAACUGGAUGUUUGACUGACUUUUUCCUCAGGCAAACACCAUGCUGAAGCGACGGCUCUGGGACUUUGCCUCCAAGAGGAAAGAAGCCAAGCUUCGCAGUGGCAUCAUUAGAAACAACCGCCUGUGGGAUAAGUUGACCAUCCAUAAAAUAGAGUCAAGCCUGGGAGGAAAAGUGAGGCUGAUGAUCACAGGAGCAGUGCCCGUGUCCGCCACCGUGCUGACCUUCCUGAGAGCCUCGCUGGGCUGCCAGGUCCACGAAGGCUAUGGACAGACUGAGUGCACUGCCGAGUGCUACCUGACUGUGCCUAUGGACUGGACCAAAGGCCAUGUUGGUGCCCCAAUGCCUUGCAACACUGUAAAGCUUGUCGAUGUGGAAGAAGUGAAUUACAUGGCUGCCAAGGGCAAGGGCAAGGUGUGUGUGCAAGGGGCUAAUGUAUUUCAAGACUACUUAAAGGACCCGGCAAACACAGCAGAAGCUCUGGAUAAAGAUGGCUGGUUACACACAGGGGACAUUGGAAAGUGGUUAUCAAAUGGCACCUUGAAGAUCAGCGACAGGAAAAAGCACAUCUUUAAACUGGCUCGAGGAGAGUACAUAGCUCUGGAGAAGAUCGAAAACAUCUACCAGUGAAGUGAACCUGUCGCUCAGGUGUUCGUCCGCGGAGAGAACUUGCAGGCAUUUCUCAUAGUACUUGUGGUACCAGACGUUGAGAUGCUAGGUCCCUGGGCCCGGAAGAGAGGCUUUGAAGGCUCCUUUGAAGAACUGUGCAGAAACAAGGAUGUCAAAAAAGCUAUUCUAGAAGACAUGGUGAGACUUGGGAAGGAUUCUGGCCUAAAACCAUUUGAACAGGCUUUGACCUGUCUCCACCCUGAAUUAUUCUCUGUCAACAACGGCCUUCGGACCCCAACAAUGAAGGCUAAAAGGCCAGAGCUUUGGAAUUAUUUCAUGUCACAGAUCCUUGAACUUUGUUCCACCAUCAAAGUCUAAUGUGAGGGAGGAAGCUGGGAAGAGGCCGCAACAC